AGCAAAAUAAUCUGAUGGUACAGUGCCCUGAAUUUUGAUCAUCUCUUCAUAAUUAGCGCAACAUCGCACAAUAAUGCCCGCGCUGUUAUUAGUUUCAUUGUGCGUGCUGAUGUCAGCGCAGCAGGCGACGGCUGACACCAUGGAGCGGCUGUCAGGCAUGAACCUCCCUCCUGAGGCGGUCGUGUCAUCGCGCCGAGUCAGAACUGUCUGUGAAUGCAAAGAGAGCUGCUUCGUGGACGCUGAGUGUCGCGGGUGUGCGAGCGAGCCUCUUCCUGGUGGGGGUCACAUGUGUCACUUCACCAACACCAACCUCACCAGCUCCAACCUCACAAGCUCCAACCUCACCAGCUCCAACCUCACAAGCUCCAACCUCACCAGCGCAAAUGGCUCCGUGGCCUUCAUCAAGCACGGUCUGUGUGACCCUCCUUACGUGAUGGUUGAUGGCGUGGGCUGCAUCUUCGUGUCCAAACAAUUGAUGAACUUCUCGGAUGCCGUCAGCCGCGGCUGCCCUCCUGGCUUCAGGCUUUUCGAUCCCGUCUCUGACCAAGAGUAUUGGAACAUGGCGUCGUACCUUCAAUACCAAUAUGCCCGGUUCCGACCUGACGGGAAGUGUGGACCAAACUUUCCGCUGUCAGACGGCACUCCUGCGGCGUGUGAUACGAACCUGAAGUACAACAUCCCGUGCUGCCUUGACAACGGUACAUGUGCUGGUCUCAAGCCGUGCACCUGCGACGGAUGCGUAGACUUCAAAGCUCUGACGCGAGGUUUCUGGACGAGCCUGACAAAGAUUGGAACAGAGUGGAAGUUCGCGAACGGUCGAGUAAUUCCGUCAGCAGUGAAUUCCAGCGUCUGGGGGCCAAAUGAACCAAAGCCAAAUACGUGCGCGGCCAUGUGGGGUGCUCCCCAAUUCAACUACUUCUACAACCUCUCGGCCGCCAACUGCAGCACCACCCUGAUACCGUUCGUCUGCCACAGGAAAAUCUAACUUGCUUCUAUCAGUAUUUUGAUCUGCGACCAGGAACACAUGAUGCCUAAUUUAUGUCUUAGAUAUAUAUUGCAGGAAACGGCAGAAGCGCAUCAUUUACUUUCGCUGUUGAACAAAAAUGAGAUCACCUGUUCAUUAUUUUUGUUCUGUAUUUUUGGCUAUAUGAUCUCAGCUUAAUUUGCUAAAUUAUGGCACUAAACCUUCAUAGGAACAACCUCUCAACGGAACACAUGUGCGAUGAUCAGCUACUCGCCUUCCGAAUCGCAUCUAUGCAGGCUUCAGAAUCACAGAAAUAAAAUAGCCAGAUGAUGAAAUUCGAUGGAUAAAACUACUUGAGACACUUUAUAGUCGUCUUGUAACUUCUCAAUACUCACGAAUUCAAAUUGGCGACCAUUUAAUGUGUGCUGGCUGGAAAUUGAUAGCUCUAAUGUGUGCCCUUAAAUAGGCAGAUAUAAAUCACUUUAAGGUGAUAUCUGGGCACGGGGGCUUUGUGGUCUGGAAUGCCGUGUUCCAGCGUACUACACAGCUCCUAUUUAGUUUCCCUAAUUUUUUGAGCUAAAAUAAAGAGGGUUUUGGCUAUUUUCCGUUAAAAAUAUUAAAAUCAAAAUUACAAAUACAUGGUGUAUUUACAUAGCUCUCAGGCCGAGUAUCCUUACUGUAUGCUGAGGCUGUGCGUUGGCACCAAGGCUAAGUUAAGAAAAUUAAAACUUUUAGCAUAAGGCUGCACCCCUGACCGAUUAAAAAUGAAGUUACAGGGCAGAAGAAUUUGACCACGUUACUUAAUAAAUAGAAAUUGGACUUAUGCACUCUAA